AUGCAUCAACCAUCACCCAAAAUGGGGUCUUUUCCAACGUUUAUACGUGAAUCGGAGCAUUCGCCAAGAUCGCUAGACUCAGCUUUUCCUCCUUUCAAUCCAAUGCAUAAGUAUAGAGGUGUUUACGAAAGAGCAGGGUUUGAUGUUAACAAAAAGGGCUAUAAACAACAUCAAAAUGACGACAGAGGAUCAAAUAGGUCAAUUUCAAGUUCAAGCCGUUGGGGACCAAGAAACCAAUCUAAUGAUUCAUUUGGCAACAAGAGCAAUGGUAGUGAAAGCUAUAAAACAGCAACCAAGGAAAGUCUUCCUUUAGUUAAUCAAGUACCUGACACAAGGAUAAAGUCAGGUGAAUCAUCCUCUGGAUCAAGUAAAUCUAAUUCCAUGAAUUCUUAUGGUCAAAAUAAUAGCUCAGCUUCAACAAGCCAUAGAACUUCGCCAGAAUAUUCCCAAUAUCAUGAACAAUCACACUCCAACACCACAGUAUCUGGUUCAUAUCCUGAACACGGUCAACAAUAUGAGAAGAAGUACUCACACGCUUCAAAUGACAGUCACGACCUGUCUGGGCAAACUGUCAGGACCGUGCGAUACGACGAGGAAGCAGAAAACCACACCCUAAGUAAUUCAAGUCCAAACAAACAACACAAGAAUGUAAAGAAUUUAACGCUUGACUUGAACAACAGUGCUGACGAACAAGAGUCAAGCAACCAACAACAAUUUGCAUCCCACCACCCAAGUUCAUCAGUGCAUUCGUUUCAUUCAAAGCAUUCCACUACUUCGCAUCAUUCAAACCAUUCUGUUGGAUCACGUCAUUCUGGCCAUUCUGAUCAUUCUGUUGCAUCACACCAUUCGAACCACUCAUACCAUUCAAAUAAAUCAAACGGUUCCAACAACUUUACCCGUCAAGAGGUAAUUCAAGAAGUUCCAGAAUCCGCUGAUUUUGAUACCAAAAUUGGCCCACCUCCUACAACCACACCUAAAGAGGACAAAUACGCCCAACACGGGUACCAAAUACCUACACCUAUUUCAGCGAAUGGCCCUAUUCCACCACCACAAAUGUACAAUCAGCAAGCUCCUCCUCAGCAACCGUUUGAUCCAAGGAAGACGAGAAAGCGUCCGCCAAUAAUGAUGAAUGGGCCCCCAAGUGGUCCUAUGAAUCCACAAUAUCCUCCUCAGUCCAAUAGGAACAUCACACCACCUUCUAAUGGUGCUGUGCCAUACCCCAUCAGUCCAAACUAUUCACCCAAACUACAACAACAGCCUUUUGCCAACCAAAUGAAUGGAGUCCCCCCAAUGCCGGGUCCACGCAAGGUUACAUCACCAAAUCAGUAUCACCCACAGUCAGCAAAACCAAUGCAAAAGGGAACUUCACCGACAACAAUGUAUAAUCCUGGUAUGCCCAGAUCGAUGACUGGUAUACCAAACCCAGUAGGCCAACCACUUAUGCCUAAUCCCGGUAUGCCUAGAUCAAUGACAGGGAUUCCACCAGGGCCACCUACUUGGCAAAUGAAUAACCAACCUCGUCCUCAAUCACCUGGAUAUCCACCACGUCUGCAAAGAAGACCUGCACCACCUCCAAUGGUUAGUCCAACCCAACAGCAACAACCAUACUUCCAACCACAACGUCCAAUGCACCCUCAACAAAUGGCACAUCCACCAAGGAAUGAACAUCAGGUAGUACCGCCCAAUCAACGCUAUCAAACUGGUGUUCCUAGACAACCCACUUACUCUCAGAUAAGAGAUGAUAAGUUGUCACCUGCUUUGGAUGAGUUUAAGCAUGAUUUGGAGAACCAUCAAUCAUCUUCACCCCUUCACAAUCAAACCGACCCAGCUCAAUUGCAAACUAUGUCUCCUGAUUUGCGUUCCGCCAAACUUGAAAACUCUCUCAAUGGUCGUCUCAUAGAAGACAACGAAGAGAAUACCCAAUAUCCAAGUGAAGGGCAGCAAACUCAAUAUCAACAAUUUUUAUCAACCGAGCCAAGGAACAAAUCCGAGGAUUAUAAACGUGGAUCUACGGUUAGCUCAAUCCUAUCAAAAGAGUCAAUUGAUGAAGAAGAAAAACGAAUUGAACAAGAAUUGGAAACUCAAUUGCAAAAUUUGAAAAAUGGUCACGAGGUAGAGCAUCAUGAAGGAGAAGCUGGUCAAUUUGAUAAUGCAUCACCUCAGAAAUCUGUAUCAGGACAAUCAACUGUAUCCGCGCCACGUCCUCCAAUCCCCCAAUUCAGUGUACAAGAUGUCGAUGAAGAAAAGAAGACUAGAGAUAGUUCAGGUUCUAAUAAUACUAAGGAUAGCAAUUGUGAUGAUAUGUCAAUUGCUUCGAUUGAAUCUAUUCAACCAUUGUCAGUUUCACAUUCACAUGUUUCCCCAACUAAGAGAGAUAUGAAACAAAUGGAUGGUGAUGUCCCUCAUCCAUAUGGUGUUCCAGAGAGAAAGGAUUCCGCUGAAUUUACCAAAAUUAUUGCUGAAUUGGACCAAUUUGAAGAAGAAAUGCCAAAAUCAACUCCUGACGUUUCUGAUACCACUAUAGAACCUAAAUUUGGCAAUUUCAACGAAACCAACAACGCAACCAUAUCUGAAACAAAACCAAGAGCAGCUCAGUAUGAACCAGGUACAGGUCCAUGUCGAUCAUGUAAUCAACCGAUAGAUCCAUCAGCUAGAGGUUCACUCAAAUCGAUCUUUUCCAAAACUGGUGAAUUGUCAGGUCAAUGGCAUCGUGGAUGUUUCAAAUGUUCAUACCAAUCAUGCACGACUCAUUUCAAUAAACAAGUUCAAUGUUAUGUAUUGGAUGAUGGACCAUAUUGUUUCCAACAUUAUCAUUUAUUAAAUGCAACCACUUGCAAAUCGUGUGGUGUCGGUAUCGAAGGUUCAUGUAUUGAAAAUGAUUUACGUCAGAAGUGGCAUAUGCAUUGUUUGAAAUGUAGUAGUUGUCAUGGACAAAUUGAACAAGAUUAUUACGUUGUUAAUGAUCAAAUCAUGUGUGAGGUUGAUGCUAAGCAGUAUUUGCACAAUGGUGGUGGUUCUGGUGAUGACAAGGUUGAAAAGAGAAGAACAAGGAUGUAUUAUGCUUGA